AUGGUAAACGUUCGGCGCGACAUUUGCAGGCCGCUGGCAGCUAAUAGCACAGCAUCCAAAUGGCAAAUGGCAAUGGCAAUGGCAAUGGCAAUGCUCGCCCUCUCUUUUCCUUCUCUCAAACACCUGAAAAGACCCGUCACUUCGUCCACAAAAACCGUGCCCAUCGUUGAGCAUGCGGUUCUUUUCAAAGUUAAAGGUGACACAGACCAGGGAAAGGUCAACUUGAUGCUUAACAACCUCAAUGGCUUGGUCUCUCUCGAUCCUGUCGUGCACCUCACUGCUGGUCCCGUCCUUCGCACUAAAUCUCCGAUCUCCAACUUCACGCACAUGCUCCAUAGCCGAUACAAGUCCAAAGAAGAUUUGAAUGCAUAUGCUGUUCAUCCCGAUCACCAGCGUGUAGUCAAGGAAAAUGUCGUUCCCAUCUGUGAUGAUAUCAUGGCUGUUGAUUGGGUUGCUGAUAAUGAUCCCACCCCGCUGUCCCCGCCCUCCGGUUCUGCCAUCAAAGUUACCUUCUUGAAACUCAAAGAGAACGUUCCGAAUGAACUGCAGGGUGAGAUUCUUGGGGAAAUUAAAGGGAUCAAGGAGGGGAUCUCUGGUGUUCAACAGUUAACUUGCGGGGAGAAUUUCUCGGCCAGAGCUAAGGGCUUUUCGCUCGCCUCGGUCGCUGUUUUUACUGGGGUUGAAGAAAUAGAGGCAGCAGUGGGAAAGGAAGAGUACGUGAACCUACAGAAGCAAAAGGUUAAGGACAAUUUGGAUGGUGUCAUUGUUGUUGAUUAUGUGGUGCGAACAUCGUCCCCAUAGAUUGUUAGCUGCAAAGAAAAUCUUGUUUCUUGAAUAAUGCAAGCUUUUGGAACAAUGUGCAAACAUUGAAUAAUAAUUAUGAGACAGAUUGAAUUU